GAGUGCGAGGACGAGGAGGGAGCGGGCGAGCGCCCGGAGUCGAAGAGGAAGGCCCGCCGUCAGCCGCGUGCAGAGCCCCGCCGCCAUGACGGAAGAGUCGGAGGAGACGGUCCUGUACAUCGAACACCGCUACGUCUGCUCGGAGUGCAACCAGCUCUAUGGCUCCCUGGAGGAGGUGCUGCUGCACCAGGACUCCCACCUGCCCCAGCAGCACUUCGAGGUGGUGGGCGUGGCGGACCCCGGGGUGGCCGUGGCGGCCGAGGCCCCUGGGGCCGGCCUCUACCAGGCCCUGACGGUGCAGGAGAGCAGCCAGUACCAGUGCCUGGAGUGCGGCCAGCUCCUGCUGUCCCCCGGCCAGCUGCUGGAGCACCAGGAGAUGCACCUCAAACUCCUCAGCGGCCAGGAGGUCCCCGAGCCCCCCGUGGCGGUGGCCCCCCAGAAGCUGCCGGCCCUGAGCUCCGGCGGCAUCCACUACGAGUGCGUGGACUGCAAGGCGCUGUUCGCCAGUCAGGACCUGUGGCUGAGCCACCGCCAGGUCCACCUCCGCGGCCCCAAGGCCCCGGCCCCCGCGGUCGUCGUCGCCGCCGCCGCCCCGCCGGCCCCCGUCCAGACCCGGGUGGCCCUGGAACACUCCUACCGCAAGGCCGAGGGCGUCGAGGGGGCCGAGGGGGCCGGGGCGGCCGAGGCGGUGGCCGAAGUGGAGCUGCUCCUCUACAAGUGCUCGGAGUGCUCCCAGCUCUUCCAGCUGCCGGCCGACUUCCUGGAGCACCAGGCCACCCACUUCGCGGCCCCGCCGGCCGAGGCCGCACCCCCGCCGCCGCCGGCCGCCGAGGCGCCCUUGGCCGUCCCGGCCCCGUCUCCGCCCCCGCCCGCCGAGGCCCCUCCGGGCCCGGCCCAGGUCCCCGACCACAGCUACGAGCUGCGCAACGGGGAGGGGGCCGGGCGGGAGGCGCGGGGCCGGCGGGGCAGGCGCGGGGCAGGGGAGGCGGGGGGCCGGGGCGGGCCCCCCGCGGACCUGCUGUGCUCGGCCUGCGACCAGCUGUUCCUGUCGCCGCGCCAGCUGCAGCAGCACCUGCGCUGCCACCGCGAGGGCGUCUUCAAGUGCCCGCUGUGCAGCCGGGUCUUCCCGACGCCGGCCGCCCUGGACCAGCACCUGGGCGAGCACAGCGGCGAGUCGCACUUCCUGUGCGUGGACUGCGGGCUGGCCUUCGGCACCGAGGCCCUGCUGCUGGCCCACCGGCGGGCCCACACGCCCAACCCGCUCCACGCCUGCCCCUGCGGCAAGACCUUCGUCAACCUCACCAAGUUCCUGUACCACCGGCGCACCCACGGGGCCGGGGGGGGCCGCCUGCCGGCCCCGUCCCCCGCGGCCCCGCCGGCCCCGGAGCCCGCCCCGGGGGGCCAGGAGGCGGCCGUGCCCCUGGCCAUCAUCAUCUCGGCGGAGCCGGCCCCGGCCGAGGCCCCCGCGGGGCCGGAGGGGGCCGGGGCGGCGGCGGCGGCGCCGGAGGAGGAAGAGCCGGGGGCUCCGGCGGGGGGCCACCGCUGCCUGCUGUGCAGCCGCGAGUUCGGCAAGGCCCCGCAGCUGGCCCGCCACCACCGCUUCGUCCACCGGCUGGAGCGGCGCCACAAGUGCGGCGUCUGCGGCAAGAUGUUCAAGAAGAAGUCGCACGUGCGCAACCACCUGCGGACCCACACCGGCGAGCGGCCCUUCCCCUGCCCGGACUGCGCCAAGCCCUUCAACUCGCCGGCCAACCUGGCCCGCCACCGGCUGACCCACACGGGCGAGCGGCCCUACCGCUGCGGCGACUGCGGCAAGGCCUUCACCCAGAGCUCUACCCUGCGGCAGCACCGCCUGGUCCACGCCCAGCACUUCCCCUACCGCUGCCAGGAGUGCGGCCUGCGCUUCCACCGGCCCUACCGCCUGCUGAUGCACCGCUACCACCACACGGGCGAGUACCCCUACAAGUGCCGCGACUGCCCGCGCUCCUUCCUGCUGCGCCGCUUGCUGGAGGUGCACCAGCUGGUGGCCCACGCCGGCCGCCAGCCCCACCGCUGCCCAGCCUGCGGGGCCGCCUUCCCUUCGCCGCUGCGGCUCCGCGAGCACCGCUGCGCCGCCGCCCAGGGCCCCCGGCGCUUCGAGUGCGCCACGUGCGGCAAGAAGGUGGGCUCCGCCGCCCGCCUGCAGGCCCACGAGGCCGCCCACGCCGCCGCCGGCCCCGGCGAGGUGCUGGCCCCGGAGGCCCCAGUGCCCCGCCCGCCCCGCCCACCCCGGCCCCCGGCCCCGCCAGCCCCCCGGGCCCCCGCCGCCCCCCGGGUCCCGCCCGCCGGCCCCCGGCGCCGCGGCCUGGAGUGCCCCGACUGCAAGAAGCUGUUCAGCACGGAGACGUCGCUGCAGGUGCACCGUCGCAUCCACACGGGCGAGCGGCCCUACCCGUGCCCGGACUGCGGCAAGGCCUUCCGCCAGAGCACCCACCUCAAGGACCACCGACGGCUGCACACGGGCGAGCGCCCCUUCGCCUGCGAGGUCUGCGGCAAGGCCUUCGCCAUCGCCAUGCGGCUGGCCGAGCACCGGCGCAUCCACACGGGCGAGCGGCCCUACGGCUGCCCCGACUGCGGCAAGAGCUACCGCUCCUUCUCCAACCUGUGGAAGCACCGCAAGACGCAUCAGCAGCAGCACCAGGCGGCCGUGCGCCAGCAGCUGGCCGAGGCCGCGGCCGAAGCCGAGGCCGCCGCGGCGGGGGCCCCCACCGCCGUCACCCUGGUGGAGACGGUGGAGGCCCUGCCCCUGGUCGAGGCCAUCGAGAUCUACCCGCUGGAGGCAGCCGCGGAGGCGGUGGUCCUCGGCACCGGCUGACGGGGCGGGGGCCCGCCGGACUCCUGCCUCCCCGUGCUGUACAUAGACAACCCUCGGCGCUUCCCGGCGCGCCCCUUCGGCUCCGUCACCGCCCCCGGGAGGGAGUGCCAGAAGCCGUCCCUUCCGCUCCCGCCGUAUGUCGGGAGGGCCGGGGCCCGGGGAGGCGGCCGCCAAUAAAGAUGGGAGUUGG